AUGUUUUUUAAAUAUUAUCCAUUUAUGUUGUUGUUAAAUCAUUAUGCUUCUGCCGGAAUUGAUUUGUUCAGUCUUAUAAACGGAUUGAAUUAUCUAAAUGCCGAACUUAAUAAUUUAGAAACGUUUGUGGAAGAAUUUACAACUCAGACAUGUUGGAUAAACCAAGAAUUCGACCACUUCAACUCGACAGAGAAGAGAGUUUGGAAAAUGAGAUAUUUCCAAAGAUUGAGUUUUAGGAAAUUCAAUGGGCCAAUUUAUUUAUUUUUGGGGGGUGAAAGUGCUGCUUCUCCGCGAUGGGCGCAGACUGGGAUAAUGUACGAGUUGGCCAAAGAAACAAAUGGAGCUAUGUAUGUAUCUGAACAUAGAUAUUACGGUGAAAGCAAACCGUUGAAUGGCACUGACGCGGAAGCUUUCAAAUAUCUGAGUGCUAGACAAGCCUUAGCGGAUAAUGCAAAUUUUUUGAAAUAUCUUAAACGUAAAUCUGUAUACAGAAAGUCAAAGGUUGUUGUUAUUGGAGGAUCAUACUCCGGCAACUUAGCGGCGUGGAUGAAAUUGUUAUAUCCUGAUUUAGUUGACGCGGCUAUUGCUAGUAGUGGCCCUGUUUUAGCAAAAACGGAUUUCUUUGAGUACCUCGAAAAAGUUAACGACAAUUAUGAACAACAUGGUACGGAGAAUUGCUUAGGAAAUAUUAGAAAAAUAUUUCAGAGAUACGAUAAAUUAAUGCAGAAUCCUGAAGGGAUCGAAAUACUAAAAAAAGAAGAGAAUAUUUGUGAAGAAUGUGAUUUAUCUAAGCCAGAAAAUCAGCAAGUUUUUUUCAGUUCUAAAGUCGGAGAAUUCAUGCAGAUCUCCCAAUACGGUACCACAGGCCAAAUAAAAAGUCAUUGUAAACGUAUAGAAACUGAAUCUGUAUGUACGAACCGAUCAGAGGAAUCUAACAGCAACAACUGUAGUUGCUAUGAUUUUGACGAAAUGAUCGAUAGCUUUUACGAGGAAGAAAAUAAAUGGAUUUUGGCGUGGCUCUAUCAAACUUGUAAUGAGUUUGGUUACUAUCAGACAACGUCAUCAGAGGAGCAACCAUUCACAAAAAAUAUACCCCUUGAAUUUUAUACUAAAAUGUGUCUUAAACUAUUUGGUCCUGAUUUUGACGAAGCUAGAGUGAAUGAUGGUGUUGCAGAAGUUAAUGAUCUUUAUGGAGCAUUAAAACCGAACGUCACUAAUGUUGUUUUUACAAAUGGCGACCUCGAUCCGUGGAGCACUCUCGGCAUAUUGGAAGACCUAUCAUACAGUGCACCAGCGGUAGUUAUUCCUAGGUCAUCCCAUUGCAGGGAUCUGUUUUCUAAUAGAAAAGGUGAUAUCGAAGAAUUGAAAGAGGCUAGAAAGCAUGUAAAAUAUUUAAUAAAAAAAUGGAUUGGGGCUGAAUCCUAACUUUCGUAACGUGAUGAUUUCAGGUGAUGGCCUUUUAACAAUUUGCAUCAGUAUUUUUCUACUUUACUGUUCAUAAUUCUUAAAUAUUUAUAUGGUGAUUGGGUUAAAUAGAAAGUAAAAUACAAAAGGUUUAUUAAAAUAAUUUUAUAUUUGAUUCCAUACAGAUUGUCCUUAAAUUAGGUUACUAUUUUACCAACACCCUAAUUUAGACGAAGGAUGUUGAUGCUAUACGUAACUAUAACAAAGUACCGUCGC